AGGGGGGCGACAUACCGCUACGGUGGCGCACACGAUGUCGCCGCCACUAUAAUCGUGUACAAUGCGUAUAUAUAUGCACGUCGGUCCGCGCGCUCUAAAAUAAAAACAAAUGUGAAAUGUUACGCGAUGUUGCACCACACUGAAUGCCGACUUUAGUCAAGAUACGCGCCGGCAUCGUUUCCAACUAAAAAUCCCACACCGACCACAAUGAACUCGUUCGCGUCCAUCAGUACGGGGCGGUCCUGUGCGGCGUGCGUCUUCGUGCGUUUUUUUCGAACACAUAAUAUAUAGUUUUAUCGUACACGAUGACAAUAACGCAAUCAUAAUAUUAUCGUCGCCUCCUAAUGCGAAGCCUAAAAUAUGCAGUGAGAAUGUUGCGAUGAUUACGUUUUACAAGAUCCGAGGCAUAUUAAAUAGUUUUACCAGUCACCUACUAUACUGAAAAUGCUAACUUACAUAGACGUGCAUCUUAUUUAUACUCUGCCGAUCAUCGCAGUGUUGGCGUCGAUAACAUGGCCGUUUAUAAGUCGCUUAGAACUGUUCAAAAUGGCAUUCGUCUGUACGAUGGCGUUUGUCUAUACGACACCGUGGGACAAUUAUAUAAUCUUCCACAACGCCUGGAUGUACAAGCCCAAAAACAUUUUAGCCGUUAUAGGAUAUGUGCCCGUUGAAGAGUACAUGUUUUUCGUUAUACAAACCGUUAUGACAUCGCUGUGGGCCUUGAUUUGCACAAGAUGGUGUCCGGCUUGUUUCAAUUUCAAUUACAAUAAGACAAGCUACACACUGAUCCGUUGGAUACCGAUAUUAGCUUUAGCGCUGACGGCGAUUAAAGGCUACAACAUAGCUGUACCGGGUACAGACACGUUCUAUUUGGGUUGCAUCCUUUGGUGGUCGUGCCCAGUCAUAAUGUUCCUGUGGUAUGGUGCCGGUAAUUACUUCGUCAAAAAGUCAACGUCGUCGGCGAUCGCGGUUAUUGUUCCGACUUUGUACCUGUGCUGGGUCGACCGCAUAGCGCUCAAAGACGACGUAUGGCACAUCAACGAGAAGACCUCGUUGGAAAUAUUCGUCGCCGACGAUUUACCAUUCGAGGAAUGCCUGUUCUUUCUGAUCACCAACGUGAUAAUCGUACUGGGAAGCAUGGCUUUCGACAAGUCCCACGGGCUUGCGGACACGUACACGUUCGACUUUCCACUCCGUUAUAGCGCGAGUUGGAAAUACAACAGUCAGCAAAUGCGAGCUUUUGUGACGGCCGAAUGCGACAUGUCUCCCAGUCCAGUCAAUGACAUCAGACAUUGUCUAAACGUACUCAAAACAGCUUCUAAAUCGUUCGACGUGGCCAGUCUCGUUUUUCCAGCAGGAGUACGUUUGCAUUUGAUCAUAUUAUACGCAUUUUGUCGGGUGACGGACGACAUGAUCGACAGCGAGCCGAACGUCGGCGUGAAGAAGCAAAAACUGACGCUGAUUGAAAAGUUCAUUGGUGAACUUUUCGCGGAGAGAAGUGCGGACUACGACGUGAAGAAGUCGACACCGCGAGAACCAGAAGUGGACUGGCAACGGUAUCGCAAAGAGCUGACCGACGAAGAGCUAUCGUGCUUUCGGGCUAUAUCACGGAUAUCCUUUUACUUGCCCCGGAAACCGUUCUACGAGCUGCUCGACGGCUACCGAUGGGACGUGGAAGGUAAAGUAGUUCAAAACGAGGCCGACCUGAUGUUGUACUCGAGCUACGUGGCCGGUAGCGUGGGAGCGCUGUGCGUGUACGUGAUGAUGCACAAGAGUGGUGUAAAUAUCGACGACGAUGCAAGGCAUGAUUUCGUUAUCAGAAAAGCGCAACAGAUGGGACAGGUGCUGCAGAUCGUCAAUAUCUCUCGGGACAUCGUUACCGACAGCGAGACGCUGGGGAGGUGCUACGUGCCCGCCGAGUACAUGGACGACGCGGCCGCGGACUUGAAGGUCCUGUGCGCCGACAGGAAACCGUGGACGCUCGGUUCCGACAAGUUGAAAACGUUCGCCGCGCGCAUGAUCGAUCUGGCCAACCGACAUCAGCUGGAGUCGCUGGAGGGCAUCCGGUACCUGCCGUACGAGGUGCGCGGUCCAGUGCUGGUGGCCACGGACAUUUACCGCGGCGUGGCGUGCGCGGUCCAGGCCAGCCCGGCGUACCCGCGGAGGGCGUCGCUGAACAAGUGGGACAAGAUCCUCGUCGGAGUCAAUUCGCUGUACGUCAAGAGCCUGAGGUAUUUUUUCCAAACCGAACGCUGCAAACGGUGUUGACCGACGCCACGACGACGACGACGACGGGCCACCGCGCACUCGUGGUCCGCCGCUCAACUGCUGCACCUGCGUGUCACCUGCGAUUUCAGAACACGCCUGUUGCUAACAAUUUUUUUUUUUUUUUUAUUUCUCUCGACAUUUAAUUGCGGCUGAUAAAAAAUUCAACUGCCGUUACACGUAAUAUUAUUAUUAGGUAUAUUUUUUAUUGUCCUAUUCGUUAUUAUAUAUAUACUGCUGGGACCAAACACUUUUCUAAGGAUGAUGUUUAAUGAUAAUAUAUUAUAUAAUAUGUCACACAACGGCUGAUAUCGAAACCAAUAUAAUGUUUUCAUAUAGUAUACGCAUAACCGUUUAACAAUUAAACGAGUGUACUUACGACAGAGGGCAGUACCUACCUAUAAUCACUCUGCAGCUUGUCAAUAUUGUAAGAUAUAUGCUUAUUAAAUCGUGAAAAAAAUAUUUGUUUAGUAUUCAUUAUUUAAUACGAGUCAAGUGUUUUUUUUAAACGAACAGAUCUGUUCCCGAUUUAAAACCUAAUAAAUCACUAAGAUAUAAAAUAGUAAUAAUAUGUUAGCUUAUUUUUUUUUAUACAUGUUUAUUACCAUUGUCCCAAAAGAUGAUUUGAAAAUUGAGUGUACAUUGCUAUUCAAUGGAUCAUAUGCGUAUGUGGCAUUAUAAAGUUAUAAAUUAAUUAAAUAUAAGUUUAAAGUAUACCUAGCCUACCUACGCUAUAAUAAUAUUUAUAAGCGCCGUUAAAACUGUAUUUACAUCAUAUUAUGCAAUAAUAUAAUCCUUAUAAAAUGCAUAAAUAUUUGUAAUACGACGUGUUUAAUAUUCAUUUAUCCAUAAGUAAGAAACGAAAAUAAUUCAAGUUCAUCAUAAUAACGCGUGUUAUAUUUUAUUCUAAUGUACAUAUUAUUUAUUACAUAUUAUACAUUUGUACACAAGCGAAAAUAAAUUUCCAGCCAUCAGUUUAAUAUAAUAAUAAUAUGUACAUUGCACUUACACCGUUAUUAAUUUUAUAUAUUUUUUUUUUUUUUUACUCGACAUAAUUUUUAUAUUAUUGUAACCGUCUUGUUUUUCUCGCGACUAUUGUAAUAUAUAAUUUAUCAUGUGCUAUUAAUUCAGUUAUUGUGUUUAUUAAACGUUAUUUAUGAUCUGCAA